CUUCAGAUAUGACUCAUGAUGUCGGAGGAAAAGACAUGAUGUCGUAUCACUAAACAGGGUACCAGUAAAAUGCAAUGAUUGAUAGAGUGUCGACGGAGGAGAGCAGGGAAGUUAACAGAGAAACAGACAUUUUAUUACAACAUCUUAAGCUCAAACGGAAAAUAGGUUGUGGAGGUUUUGGUUACGUGUACGAAGGUACGUAUAAAGGAACUAAAGUGGCGGUCAAGAAGAUGCAUGCAAACCGACGGAACAAAAUGAUCGCAUUAGAAAGUCUUCGAGCAGAACUGUUCGUAGUCAGAAUGAACCUGAACCAUCCGAACAUCGUUAGAACUCUGGGGACCACCACAUCGGGCAGGGAGGUGGACGACCUUCCUUUUCUUGUCAUGGAGUUUGCGGGCUCUAGAAACCUCCAGAACAUUAUAAAUAAUCCAGAGGAGGAAAUCAGCGCCUUCAGGCGGUUUAAAUACGCUACCGGAAUAGCUCGGGCUCUAGAAUACACUCAUUUGAAGGGAAUCGUACAUCUGGAUGUCAAACCGGCCAAUAUUAUCAUUGACGAAUAUGACACGUGCAAGUUAGGAGAUUUCGGGUGCGCGCAGCGGUUGGGGGAGUCAUGCGACAACGAGUUUACCCCGAGUCCCAGCAUCACGGGGACAACUGUGUACAGGGCACCAGAACUUCUGAAGGGGUUUAUUCCUCAAACAAGCGCUGAUAUGUACUCUGUGGGCAUCCUCUCUUGGACGCUACUCACUAGGGAGACUCCUUAUGGGGCUGAAAACCUGCAGGUGAUAACAUGGGGAGUAGUCGCACUGAACUUGCGGCCUGACAGCGACAGCAGCACGGCCCGGAGGGAGGUUGGAGAGGUGGAAUACCGUAAACUCUACAGGGACUGUUGGGACGGAGAACCCUCCAACCGACCGACGGCUACCCAGUUUCUGGAGCGGUUACAUCAACUAAUUCCCAACUGAGACACCAACCCCGGCUCUGUGCACUUUUUUAAUACGUUUUUAAUUUUUAUACAAGUCACUCCGACAUAGGGCUCUCAGA